CCAAAGAGUGUGAAAAUCAGUUACAAGAGACUUUGCUGUGCUUCCCCUUUUACUCUCAGAUGCUGCCAGGAUCUCUGAAGAGGGAAGACACCAGAAAACAGCACGUACAGAGCUGGUGUCAACUCUGCCUGGAGAGACUGCCCCACUUCCAACUCCUUACCCCUACCCCUGCCUGGGCCAGGCCUGCACAGUCACUAAGCCUGGGGACAGACCCCCUUCCUGCUUUCCUGCUUUCAGCAAGCAGCUUAGCUUUCCCCAUACCAGGCCCCCUCCUAGACACAACACCAUGCAUCUCCUCAGCCCCUUGCUCCUGCUUCUCGAAUACGUGGCUUUCUCUGACUCACAAGAUUGGAAGUUUGAACACCCAACAACCCUCUAUGCCUGGGAGGGGACCUGCAUCUGGAUUCCCUGCCGCUACACAAUCCCAGGGAAUGGAAAGGUCCUGGAUAACCUGACUGUGUAUCAGAAUUAUAAGUGGGAUGACAAGACCAAGGAUUUCAGUGGGACAGUCCUCCAUGAAGAGAAAAAGUUUGAGACACCUGCCUUUGAGGGAAGGGUACGAUUCCUGGGAGACAACAAAUCCAACUGCACCCUACACAUCCACCCUGUAAAUGCCCAAGACAAUGGUCAGCUGGGACUGAGGGUGACAUCGAGGAAUGACAGAUGGAUGGACAAGAUAGUCCUCAACAUCUCCAAGACGGCUCCUCCACCUCGCAUUAACCUCCCUUCAGAGAUCCGGGAGCUCCAGGAAGUCAAGCUAACCUGCCAACUGGAUUUUGCCUGCUUUGGGUCCCAGAUCAAAUUGCAGUGGUCCCUGGAGGGGACACAACAUAAUCUUUCCUCUGUCACCUCAACUUCCCUGACCACCAAGACUGUCUCUACCCAGAGCCAGCUCACAUUCCAGCCAGAGUGGACCAACCACGGCAAGAAACUGACCUGUCAGCUCUGGAAUGAUAGUGCAGAUGGGCUACUCUCUCAGGAAACGGUGCAGCUGGAUGUGAAGCACUCCCCCAAAUUGCAGAUCACGUUGAGUCAUGGAGAAGCCAAUGUGAAAGAGGGGAAUUCUGUGAACAUGACGAGUCUUGAAGAUGCCAUUGUGAAAGAGAGGGAUUCUGUGACCAUGAAGUGCCAGAUCAUCAGUAGCAACCCACAGUUCACUAGUAUGUUCUGGUUCAAGGAUGGAAACCCUUUGAAUGAGCACGAGACACUGCACCAGGAGCAGAAGACAGCCACACUAACUCUGCCCUCAGUGACCAAGCAGGCGGCUGGAAAGUACCACUGUGAGGCCCAUAAUGGAAUAGGCUCAACAAAGUUAGAAGUGACCCUCCAAGUGCACUAUGCUCCAGAACCUUCCACAGUUGAGAUCACAGUCUCACCAGCUAAGGAGGGAAGUAAAAUAAACCUGACUUGUUUAUCACAAGCCUGUCCUCCUCCAAUAAAUUAUACCUGGUAUCACAAUAAGAUUGAAAUAUCGGAAACAAACAAGACCUUCCAGAUCCCAAACGUCUUCCUCGAGCAUGCUGGAAAUUAUUCCUGCUUGGCAAAAAAUAGUGUUGGCACAGGAAAAGCUGGCCAAGCAGCUGAGUUGGAUGUCCAAUAUUCCCCCAAAGAAGUAACUAUGGUGAUUCAAAACCCCUCACCAAUUCGAGAAGGAGACGAUGUGACCCUGUUUUGCAACUACACUUCCAGUAACCCCAGUGUUACCAGAUAUGAAUGGCAAACCCAAGGCUCCUGGAAAGAGAUAAUGCCUGGGGUCCUGGUGAUUCAAAAAGUUCCCUGGAAUGCCAGUCCAUUCUCCUGUGCAGCCUGUAAUCAGUGGUGUUCAUGGGCUUCCCCUGUCAACCUGCAUGUCCAGUAUGCCCCCAGAGGUGUCAAGGUCCUGCUGAUUAGCCCUGGUUCUGAGAUUUACUCUGGGCACCCAGUCCUCCUCCGAUGUAACUUCUCAAGUAGCUACCCCACUGAUGUCCUCUUCUUCUGGAAGAAAAAUGGAAUAUUUCUGAAGGAAGGAAGAGAUCUGAGCUUUGACUCCAUCUCUCCAGAAGAUGCUGGAAAUUACAACUGCUUGGUCAACAACUCCAUAGGACAGAGCACAUCUGAGGCCUGGAAGCUCCAAGUGCUGUAUGCACCUAGGAGGUUACGGGUGUCCAUUAGCCCUAAAGACAGUGUGAUGGAGGGGAAGAAGGCCGUCCUGACGUGUGAGAGUGAUGCCAACCCUCCCAUCUCCCGGUAUACCUGGUUCGACUGGAAUAACCAAAACCUUCACCAUGAUGAUCAGACGCUGAGAUUAGAUCCUGUGAAGGUCCAGGACUCAGGCGCCUAUUGGUGCCAGGGGGCCAACCGACUGGGCAUGGACCAGUCACCCCCCAGAAUCCUCACUGUCUACUAUAGCCCAGAGACCAUCAGCAAGCAAGUGGCCCUGGGAAUGGGGCUCUUCCUGGCCAUCCUCCUCCUGCCACUCUUGGGAGUCAAGCUUCAGCGAAGCUGGAAGAGGAUUCAGAGCCAACAAGGGCUUCAGGAAAACUCCAGUGCACAGAGCUUCUUUGUGAGAAAUAGAAAGGUUAGAAGAGCCCCGCUCUCUGAAGGCCCCCACUCCCUGGGCUGCUACAACCCAGUGAUGGAAGAUUCCAUCAGCUAUGCUACUCUGCGCUUUCCUCUUGCCGAGACUGACACACCAAGGAUUGGAGAAGCAGGAACCUCAGAGGUGCAGAGAACUUCCUUAAACAGAGACAACACAGUCACUUACUCUGUGGUGCAGAAACGUCAAGUGGGCGACUAUGAGAAUGUGACUCCAGAUGUUCCAGAAGACGAAGGGAUACAUUAUUCGGAGCUGGUUCAUUUGGGGAUUGGUGAGCGACCUCUGAGUCAAGAAGGAGUGGAAUACGUGACCCUCAAGCACUAAUGGGUCAAACAGGCUGAGGUGGAGGUGCCUAGAGGCUGUAGAGGACAAGGUGGUCAUGGCCCAUGCCACCCCCACUGCUCAGCUGAGAAGUUACACAGCCUCCCCUUACACGGACACAUGAUUAGUGCACUCCCAGUUAGUACAGAGAAUUCUGGGCAUGGCCCAGAGGCAGUCUUUUUUUUUUUUUCCACAUUGGUUACCCCAGCCAUUCAAAAAGGUGGCCCCCCCCCUUGUUUUUUUUUUGUCAUUCUCCUUCCCUCCCAGGAACUCAUCUAAACAUCUAGCCUGCACUGUACAAAUCCCCCUGCCCAUUCCCAGCUAUCUGCCACCACCCAUCCCCUCCUAAAUCCCAUCCUCAGCUGGCUGUAUUCUGGCUAGGAUCAGCUGGUCCUAGUUUUUCUUCUUUCACUCCCCAUCCCCUCGACACUCCACUCCUGCCCCACUUUCAUAGCCCUGCUUGCUAAUCUUAUGUCUGAUUUCUGCCUCUGGAGCAAAGUCUAGGGAAAGGGAUGGAAAUGAGGUAGAAAGAGGCACUGCCUGGUGCUGGUUUCUCCUCUAUUUGUUAGGGAGGCAUUCCAUAGAAAGCUACUGCAGCCCUACCCUCAGGGAUCUUGUGGUCUGAGACAUACACCGAUGUGGACAAACAUGUAAUAAGCACAGAGCUGCACAAUAAAAAUGGCUCAGAUAUUACUUCAAA